AUGGCUAAUGCGGCUGGUGUGCCUCAUAUGGGUGCUUUUCCACCGAUGAUUCCUCCACCAGCACUGUGGCAAGAGUAUACUGCUCCUGAUGGACGAAAAUACUAUUAUAACACUCAGACUCAAGAAACUACAUGGGAUAAACCAAAAGCAUUGGAAGGUUCUUUUUUUUUUCUUUUUUUUGUUCACUUUUGUGUUGUAAAAAUAGAAAUAAAAAUAGAAAUAUUUAAGAAUAUUUCUUGUAAAAAUAUUUCUUUUACAUUGAAAGAAAAAGCUUGCAAGGAAUCCGCCGCAGCAGCAGCUGAAGAACAGCAGCAAGUGGAUAAAUCUAGACCAGUUAGUAGUAACCCAGUAUCUGGAACUCCAUGGUGCGUUGUGUGGACGGGUGACCAUAAGGUAUUUUUCUAUAAUCCUUCAACUCGUACAUCUGUAUGGGAGCGCCCACCCGAACUUUAUAACCGCCCAGAUGUUGAUUUGUUAGUAUCUAAACCGCCGGAGGAGAAAAAUGAUGAAGAAAAGGUCGCUGAUGAAUCUGAAGAGGGAAGUGAUGAUGAUUAUCCGCCUGCUAAAAAAAGCAGAAAAGAACGAAAACUUGAAAAACGCAUGGAGCAAUUGGCGGCGAAGAAGGAAAAAGAAAGGCCACGACAAAUGUUGGAAAAGCAAGUCGAUCCAGCCAUUCAAGCUGAAUUACAAGCUCAAAAAGAACGUGAAGAAGUUCCGUUUGAACGUAGAUUGCAAGAGUUUAAAGAAAUGCUUAUGGAGAAAAAUGUCAGUGCAGGAAGUGUAUGGGAAAAAGAGCUGUCGAAGAUUGUUUUCGAUAAACGCUACCUCCUUCUGAAUGCGAUUGAGCGCAAAGCGGCGUUUGAAGCUUAUGUUCGUGAACGUACUGAAAUUGAACGUGCAGAAAAAAAGAAGAGAGCAAAAGAGGCUCGUGAAAAUUUCCGCAACCUUCUUGAAGAAGCGAAGCUUCAUGGAAGGUCUUCAUUUUCAUCAUUUGCUUCGAAGUAUGGGAAAGAUAGUCGUUUCAAAGGAGUGGAGAAAAUGCGUGAAAAAGAAGAUAUUUUCAAUGAAUAUGUUCAAGAAUUAGAAAAAAAAGAAAAGGAAGAGCGGAAAGAAAAGAAAGAAAAAUUACGUCUUGACUUUAUCUCUCUAUUAUCCGAGAAGAAUUUGACGCGUCGCAGCAAAUGGUCUUCUUUGAAAAAAAUGAUUGAAGAUGAUGAUCGUUACAAAGCGAUUGAUCGAUCUUCUACGCGUGAAUCAUUAUUUCGUGAAUAUUUAGAAACCCUGCCCGAAGAAACGAAUUCGGAUAUUGAAGAGGAAAGUGAUCGGCAAAAGCGAAUGGCUGCUGAGGCAGCAAUUCAGGAACGAAAAAAAGAAGUUGAAGCUGAACUUGGUGAGCAACUAAAAGAACGAAGCAAAGAACACGAGAAGCAUAAAUAUCAAGAGCAUGAGGAUUCUUUCAAAGCAUUGCUAGUAGAUUUGAUUAAAUCAUCUGAUUAUACGUGGCAUGAAGCUCGUCGUAUUUUGCGAAAAGAUUCGCGUUAUGAAAAUUGUGAUCUAAUUGAGAAAGAUGUAAAAGAAAGGCUAUUUGAUUCCCAUAUACAACAUUUGGAGCGAAAAAGACGGGAAAUCUUUUUCCAACUGUUGAAUGAUACGAAAGAUAUUUCUCCUAGUUUGAAGUGGCGUGAAGCAAGGAAAAUAAUUGAGAAAGACGAUCGAUUUUCGAAAUUUCCUAUCGGUGAUCGUAAAACAGAACGAGAUUACAAGGACUGGACAGAAGAAAGAAGAGAAACUAUUUUACGAGAUUUUAAGGAUUUGCUAAAAGAAACUAAAAUAAUUACAUACAAAUCCUUAAAAAUUAUUCAAGAAAACGAGCAGCAUCUUCGUGACAUACUUGCCGUUUUGGAAAACGACAAGAGGUAUAUUGUUUUGAACGAUGCGCCCGUUGAACGAGAACGGCUACUUGAGCAAUAUCUGGAAGAAUUGGAUAAAAAGGGUCCACCGCCCCCACCCACUCAACAGGAAGCUGAUCGGAGGCGAAAAUGA